AACCCUAAUUUGCUAGUUUUUUGUUAGUAUUAUUCGCAUCGCGUGGGUGAGUAAAAUCGCUUCUAAAAGGUCACUGUGGAACUUGUUAAAAACGUGAUCUUUAUUUCAAAGAUGUUCCGGAAAAAGUAAUGCAUUAAAACGGCAGGACACGUAGAAUUCGAAACAAGAAUUAUCGAUAACAUCAACUUCGAGUAUAAUAACACAAGGUACGCCUGUAGUGCUGAAUACUGUAUUGCAAACAUCCCACAAACAUUACGAAACUGAAAAUAGCUAUGAGUGACAAUCUUUAGAAACAGUGAAGAGAAUCUAUCACCUUGUCCUCUCGCUUUCUCUUUAAGAUUUACCCAAAAGGGAAUAUACGUAUUUUAAAAUCUUUACAUUGAUAAAGAUCAGUCGCUCUUAAUAGCGCAGGUCUUGAACAGGAAAAAAGUUUCCGUUCGCUAUCAGCCUCACGCAUUUGGUAUACUAAUUUAAAUUCUUUAUAAAUUAAUCUAUAUUGAACUCAGCAUGGCUAAAUUCAAAAAACGGCAGCUGCUAAAGGCACUGUUUUUACUUUUUAUAUAAGAAAACCUUGCUUACGCUAUUCAGAUCAAAGAGACCCGGGUCACUAAUACACUGUUUUUUUCGGAACUAUUUGGAAAAUUUGACUUAUCACCGUACAGUAAUAAGAGGAUUCUGCUUUCCUCAUAUCACAGGUAAAACCGACAUUGCAGAUUUUGUUUUCUAUUUGUCUCAGAACGCGACCAUACAACCAUGUUUCGUUGUUAUGUUCGACGUUAAACAUUGAUAGAUAUCGAUAAAUUUGACAAUGACUGAUGCAUAUGCCAACUGAAUAUUUUAGCCAUAAAUUGGUCAACGGUGGAUUAAGCAUAAUUUCUAAUAUAAAUGACAAAAUUGAUAUAGCACAAAACCGCAUCUCGUCUAAACUCCCGGUGGAUAAAACUAACACCAUCUCAUUCAAUUUGGCCAUUUUUUACUUUGAGGAAAACAAUAUUUCUAUGCUGAAAAAUUAGGCGUAGUAAGAGAGAGUUCUCAGCUUAUUAUUAUUAUAAUGAAAACAAGACUCAACGGAUCACGGCUAAAAACCUAAGGUACGUUUUGGCGGGAAAAAUCAUUUGCGGAAGCAGAAAGCCAUUUGAACGCACAGUUCCUCCAACGACCAAGUCCUAUUCCUUAUUUAGCAUUCAAAACUGUUAAAUGUCUCAUAAACAUUGUGAGUUACAACCUGUCAAUAACAGAUUUCAGCCAAAUGUUAUUAUAAACGUGCGCCUCUGACAAUUAAUAUUAUUCCGUUCAAAAAUCGACUUGCUAAUGAUGAUACGAUGGAAAACGAUUUUCGCCUCAGAAUGUCGACCUUUUACUCCACAGUGUUUCUCUGUUUGCCCUGAACGCUUUUAUAAAGGCAACUAACGACCGAUGCGAUACGUCCUUGGCUUGGCGCCCAUAUCUACCGGGGAAUACGAUUGUGUAUUUCACCUGCGGUUGCGUGGACAAUGACGUUAUUUGAGUGAACGGAUGGAAAUGCAGUUAAAUGGUAUAGUUGGAAAGAUUGCGCGGCGCGGUUGAGUAUGAGUAAACACAGCAAAGAUGGUUUCGUUCGUCCUCUCUGGCUGACAGAUCCACCGAUUGAAGGACAGGAAUCGUUUUUUGAAGGUGUUCCGAUGGCGGAGCUCAGCUUAACAUCCGUAACGACAUCAGAUCAGAAUCGACCGAGUUUUAGAUCCUUAAUACAUAAAGUCAACGAGCCAAGAGAGACAAACGGCUUUAUGCUGAAUCAUGAAAGUAAACUGGAGGAAUCGUUGUUAAAGGCUGUUCAAGAGGAAAACCUUGAAGUUGUCGAGGUUCUGAUCGAUCAUUAUCUACAGUUGUUUAAUUUGGAAGAGUUAUACGAGAAUUCAUCCUCUGUCUCCCAAGCGACUCCACAGUCCUCGCGCAAGACACCGGUUAAUUUUCUUCCGCUUGUUGUUGCUGCGCACUUGGGUAACUAUGACGUUCUGAAACUGUUUAUUUCCAAAGGGUUCAAGUUGGAAAGGCCACACGAUGUUCUCUGUAAAUGCGAACAAUGCCAGGAAGAUUACUUCAGACAAUCUCAAAAAAGACUUGAUAUCUACAGAGCUAUGGCAAAUCCAAUGUGGAUUUCCUUAACAGGAAGCGAUCCGUUUAUUACCGCUUUUAAACUGAGCAAGGAUUUAAAAUCCUCUGCCAAACAGGAGGACGAAUUUGAGAAAGACUAUCUUGCCCUGUCGCUUCAAUGCAGUCAGUUUGCGCUUGGACUUUUAGACGAAUGUAAAAGCUCUAAGGAGCAGACCACAGUUCUGAACUUCCCUGGGAGUGAUGCCUCCGAGGACGAAUUUUGGGACGAAGCAUUGGGGCUGGUUCACAGCGCAAUUGCCUACGGACAGAAAGAGUUUGUCGCUCAUCCAUUCUGUCAACACCUUGUCAUGAGCUGUGUGUUCCGUGGUGUUCCAUUCUGGCGCACGCGUGGGAUUGCGUUCCGAAUAUUAUACGUCUUAACCCAAGUGCUCAUCUAUCCAGUUAUGGCUUUCCUCUACUUCUUCUUUCCGUUCUUAGAACUAAGCCGUAAAAUUAAAAGACCAUUCGUAAAGUUCAUCAACCACACGGCUUCUUUUGUGAUUUUUCUGUCUCUACUCGCAGCUUCCUCGCACGAGAAAUUCGACAUUCGUUUCGGCAAAGUACCAUCCGCACUGGAGUGGAUCAUCUUAAUGUGGAUUCUCGGAAUAGCUUGGGGAGAGUGCAAACAGGUAUGGCACGAUGGAGUACUGAGAUACUUGUCCAGUGGAUGGAACUGGAUGGAUAUCGGAAUGAUUGUUCUUAUUCUCGGUGCGUACAUCGUGUGGUUUGGACGAGCCAUUGCAGACCGUUUCACGCUCAUAGACCGCACAGUUGACCAACUGCUGCUAAGUGCAGCGGAUGGUUUGUACGCCAUAGGCGUGAUCGCCAGUUUCUUUCGGUUGGUGUACCUUUGUCAAAUCAGCCGGUACCUAGGACUUCUCCAACUGAGUUUAAGUCGAAUGGUGCGUGUCAUAUUUCAGUUUGCGUUCAUCAGUGUGGUGAUGCUGAUAUCCUUUUCUGUGGGUAUGACCAUGUUGUAUUCCUCGUCGUUUGAAGCGUAUGGUUAUGAAAGACCACAGAGAAACACGACAGAUGUAAUACACAGUCUUAUAAGCAAGGGAUAUCACAGUCUGAUUACAACCAUGGUGACGCUUAUGUGGGCCAGUUUAGACAUGGUCACACUUGAUAGUCUCCAAGUUUUCAAAGAUCAAAGUCUGAUUCAGAUCUGGACUGCAUCUUUGUUUACUCUCUAUCACGCUGCUUCACUCAUUGUUCUUCUCAACAUGUUAAUCGCAAUGAUGAGCAACUCGUACCAACGAGUAGAGGACAAUAUAGAAACAGAGUAUAAGUUUGCUCGAGCCCAGCUAUGGGCUGAUUACAUUGGAGAUGGUGUUGCUACUCUCCCUCCCCCCCUGAAUCUCAUUCCCUCUCCAAAAAGCCUGGUACGCUGGGCCUGUAAACUAACAAACCGAUGUUUUGGAGUUCCUAAAAAGUUGCCUUGCUGCACUAAUGGGCAGUUCCGUGUUUAUCAACACGGUAGCAUGGAUGUGGAACAAAAGAAACAAAACUACCAGAGUGUAGUCCGUGAGCUUAUCAGUCGCUAUUGGUCCAGACGUCGACGCCAGAAAAACCCGUCAGAAAGUGUCAGUCCCGAUCAGGUGGCUGCUAUACGGGCGGUAAAAGACGAGGUGGCAGACAUGUUGAGCGAGAUAAGAAAUAUUCUGAAAACAAACAAGCGAAGCAGAAGUCGAGAACGGAUUCUUAGAUCCGAGGAAAUCGCUAUAGAGACUGGAGAGUCUUCAAAAACAAACGGAAAUCACAAUCAUUCGUUUGAGCUUUGACCAAGAUAUCUAUGAUUUUGAUACUGUACAGUUCUGUGAAUAGCAUCACUCCGGAGGUGCUUUGGAAAUUGAUAAUAUUUAUUAGAAAACAACAAUGAAAGUUAUAAAAAUACCGUAAAAUACUUAGAGGAAAUUUCAAAUUAGCCUUCUUGAUUGCAUGCUUGUUAAACAGUCAAUAGAAAAGUGUUUGCAAAUGUAAGAUAGAAAGCUAGAAAACUACUUAAGUUCUGGACGAGCAACGGAGAAUUAUCCCUCUCCGGCGUAAGGGAGUUUGUAACUUUAUAACUGUUUCUCCGAGAAGAUGUGUUUGAGUCUGUUGCUAUUUCGGUUCAUUACGUAACCUUUGAGAGAACAAAAAUAGCUAAGGUGUUAUUCAGUCCUUUUCGUUACCAGUAAACUCACUCAUGUCUGCUGGUUGUUUGAUCUGCACAUGUACAGCGGUCAAACGCAAAAGUCCAACUCCCCUUCCGGUUUCCCUUGUCUCGAAGUUUGUAAGUUUAUGAAGCCAAAACGGGAAAGACUUUUAUAAGAAAAUGUGAUAAAUAUUGCAGGGUAAACCGUCUCAACUUAAGAGCCAAUAGACUGUGUGGUCAACAUUUAUUAUUUUGUUAUGCACAUACAGCAAACAAAAACGUUUUUCUUUUGUCGCGUACACGCGUGUACCGCGCGUUUACCGCGCGUGUGCAUUACGAUUGACCACUUUGGAUGUUAGAUCAGUUUCAAACUGCAAAACUUCAACAACGAGCAUGGCUUAUCCGAUAGCUAGUGAUAUUUGUAGCUCCUUAUAGAAAAUUUACCAUAAGUUGAAUUGCAUUCCAAAGGGAUUUUUGGUAACGUUUUACAAUGACAAAUUGACCCAAAUAGCCUUUUAGAAUAUUUUUGUAGGGAAUGUAAUUUUUUUUUCAUAAUAAUGAAAGAUAGUCUGGGAACAUCAGCAAGCCGCAGCUACAUUUUCAACUCCUAGGUAAUUAGAUGUUGUAGAAAUUUUCUUAAAGUGACCUUCUUGCCGACAAAUUGUUAUGAAUAGGAUACAAGACUGUGGCGAAAUUGUUGGUAUUCCUGUGUUCCCUUAGAUGGCGGCAAAGUCACCAGUUUGCUCGACAAACUUUCUUCUUUAUUAUCGUUUGCAGAACAUAAGCUUUAUUACUCUGAUUGAUUUUCCUAACUCUUGUGUUUAAACCUGUCGCCUGAGAUCGCGAGAAAGUAAAAUACUGUGGAAUACUGGUAUGGAUAUCAUCCGGGGUUGGAGGACUGGGCUCCAACCAUUUCUUUGUUAUAUAUGUAAUUGUAUUUAGGCUUAAAGGAGCGACGUCACGAUUUGCACAUCUUGAAAAGUUGAGCCUAAAUUUUUCAAGUUCGUCGUUUGUAAUCCGUGUUAAUCUUCUCCAUCCUU